AUGUCGCGAGCAACGUCACCGGUCAACGACAUGACACUUCGUUCUCCUACGAACUUCUUGCAAGAUGGUUUGCUUAGUCGGCCUGACACCGUCGACACCUUCCAACAGCUUCAUGCAUUGCGUCGCCAAUGUCGAGAGAAAUCCGAGCUCGAUCGACACUUCAAGCGCACAGAAGCCGCGGUUGGCGCCAAUAGGAACGACUCAGAGGCAGCCACAAAAUGGAUCGGUCGCAUGAAGAGUUCCUUCAUGGAGAUCGACAACGGCACGAAAUUUAUCGAUCUUGGGCGUCCCAUGAAGUUCCUGGAUCUGGGAUGCUGUCCUGGUGGGUCCGCAUCAUAUAUUCUAGAAAGACAUCAGAGCGCUAGCGGUAUUGGGGUGUCGCUUGAGUCUGAACGAGGUCUUCAGACGGACACCCUCGACAGGCCUCCUCUUCCUAACCGACUCGAGAUGCGCUUCGGUGACAUGCUGUCUUGGUACUGCGGACCUCUGUCUAGCUCAGGCAACCACAGCAGCCCUCCUUUCGACGGCUCCGAGUCUCUCGUGUGGCCACCUUUCUCGCAGUCCCGGAGGUUGUUCAACCUAGUCGUCAUCCACGCUCACUAUAUCAGCCGGAAGGGGGCGGAACCACUAGAGCGCGACCGUCUGCUGGUCAGCCAGCUCAUCAUCGCGCUCCAAGCGGUCAGGAUCGGUGGUACUCUCCUCGUCAAACUAGCUCGCGCGGACUCCCCAGCGCACGCGAAGAUCAUACGCAUGCUUGACGAUCUGUCUUUGGUGAUUACACUCUGGAAACCGACGACCAUGCAGGCGAACCGGGGCUCGUUCUAUGUCGUCGCAAAAGGCGUAGGGCUGCGUGAACGUGGACGCCUCCUGGGAUCCUACUUGACGGGCCUCAGGCGAGUCUGGCUAAAGCUCUACCGUGGAAGACUGGAACGAAACGGAGAUCAGCGAAUGUCCGAUGCAGACUUGAACUUCGUGAUUACCAACGAGAAGCUCGUGGAUGGGUAUCUGCCUCGCCUCGUCACACUCUGCAACCCGAUCUGGCGGCGGCAAAUCGGCGCCUUGAGAGGGAUGGUCGAACCGCGGAACGCGCGCGCUCAUCACGACCGUAUCCCGCACGAGAGUGUAGACAAACUGUAG